AUGCUCGUCGCCGACCUCGCAUCGGCACGCGUAUUGCGCUCAGCAGCGCUCGGUCUUCGACCAGCCUGCUCGCGCCGCUGGCUCCAAGUCCCCGCGCGCCGCGACGCCCAGGCCGCGCUCAAGGUUCCCGACCUCCCACCCCCGCCUCCCCCACCGCCCAAGACCCCCUCGGGCGAGGGCAUCCCGUACUCGCAGCUCACCAUUGGCGUCCCGCGAGAGACGUUCCCCAACGAGGCCCGCGUCGGCGUCACACCUACCGGUGUCGCGUUUCUGAAAAAGCAAGGGUUCGCACACGUCCUCGUCGAGCGCGGUGCGGGCGAAAAAUCCACGUUUACAGACGCGGCGUACGCUGCGGCCGGCGCGGAGAUUGUCCCCGAUGGAAGCGGGUACGAGGGCGACAUUGUCCUCCAGGUUCGCCCCCCGUCUGAGAAGCAGGUGGCUCUCCUGCGUCCCGACCAGACCCUCGUGUCGUUCAUCUAUCCGGGCAUCAACAAGAACCUCGUCGAGGAGAUCCGCGAGACGGGCGCAACGGCGUUUGCCAUGGACGCCGUGCCGCGUAUCUCGCGUGCCCAGGUCUUUGACGCGCUCAGCUCAAUGGCCAACACGGCCGGAUACCGCGCCGUCCUCGAGGCUGGAAACGUCUUUGGCCGCUUCUUCACGGGUCAGGUCACUGCCGCGGGCAAGAUCCCUCCAGCCAAGGUUCUCGUCAUUGGUGCCGGCGUUGCCGGUCUGUCCGCUAUCACCACUGCCAAGCGUAUGGGCGCCAUUGUGCGCGGCUUUGACACUCGCCCCGUCGCCAAGGAACAGGUCGAGAGUCUCGGCGCCGAGUUCCUCACUGUCGCCAUUGAAGAGGACGGAAGCGGCGUCGGCGGCUAUGCCAAGGAGAUGAGCCAGGCCUUUCUCGAUGCCGAGAUGGCUCUCUUCGCCGACCAGGCCAAGGACGUCGACAUUAUCAUCACCACGGCUCUGAUCCCCGGCAAGCCUGCUCCCAAGCUUUUGCUCAAGGAACACGUCGAGGCCAUGAAGCCCGGAUCCGUCGUCGUCGACCUUGCGGCGGAGACGGGUGGCAACUGCGAACUGACCGUCCCCGGCAAGCGCGUCAACCACAACGGCGUCACCAUCCUCGGCUACACUGACCUGCCAUCUCGCCUCCCGGCCCAGUCGUCGUCCCUCUACUCCAACAACAUCACCAAGUUCCUUGUGUCUAUCGGCGAAAAGGGCCACUAUGGGAUCAACUACGAAGACGAGGUCGUCCGUGGCGCCAUCGUCACGCGCGACAGGGAGAUUCUCUGGCCUGCCCCCCGCCCAACGACCCCUCCCGCCGCCACCAUUGCGCCCCCCAAGCCUACCGUUAUGAUCGAGGACAGCAAGACAGCGCUCACGCCAUGGCAGUCUUCCGUUCGUGCCGCUACCACCACGACCGUCGGCAUGGGUACUGUCCUUGGCCUGGGUGCCGUCACCAGCCCCGCGUUCAUGACCAUGUUCAACACGCUCGGCCUCGCCGGUCUUGUCGGCUUCCGUGCUGUCUGGAACGUCGCCCCGGCUCUUCACUCCCCCCUGAUGUCCGUCACCAACGCGCUCUCCGGCCUCGUCGGCGUCGGCGGUCUCUUCGCCAUGGGCGGCGGUAUGCUGCCGUACACCUUCCCCCAGUGUCUGGGCGCCAUCAGCGUGCUCCUGGCCAACCUCAACAUCUUUGGCGGUUUCCUGAUCACCAAGCGCAUGCUCGACCUGUUCCGCCGCCCAGGCGACCCGCCAGAGUACGGCUGGCUGUACGCCAUUCCGGGCGUCCUCUUUGCCGCUGGCCUCCUCUGGGCGUGGCAGAACGACGAAGCCGGGCUCACAGAGGCCGGAUACACUGUGGCCACGUUCCUCUGUAUCGGCGCCCUGACGGGUCUCAGCGCACAGGCAACGGCACGCACCGGUAACAUCCUCGGCAUGCUCGGCGUGUUCGUCGGUGUCGUCACCACUCUCCUUGCUGUGGGCUUUACCACCGAGCAACUCGCGCAGGUCGCGAUGGUCACUGCUCUCGGUGGUGGUGCCGGUCUGGCAAUUGGCCGCCGUGUGUCGCCCAUGGCCCUCCCUCAGACUGUGGCAGCCUUGCACAGUGUCGUUGGCCUGGCGGCCAUGCUGACCUCUGCCGCCGUCGUCCUCGAAGCCGACACCAGCAAGCACGGCGGCGAGCUCACGCCCCUUCUCCUCGCCACGGCCUACCUCGGCGUCCUCAUUGGUGGCGUGACCUUUACGGGCUCGAUUGUCGCGUUCCUCAAGCUCGCCGGAAAGGUCAGCUCCAAGCCGUUGAUCCUCCCCGGUCGCCACGCCAUCAACGUCGGCCUCGUCAGCACCAAUGCGCUUACCAUGGGCGCGUUCAUGACCAUGGCCCCCGCCGCGCCAGCCAUCGGUGCCGCGCUCCUCGCCGGCAACGCCGUUCUUUCCUGCAUUCAAGGAUACACGACGUCGGCGGCGAUCGGUGGUGCCGACAUGCCCGUCCUCGUCACGGUGCUCAACGCGUACUCUGGCUUUGCGCUUGUGGCUGAGGGUUUCAUGCUCGACAACAUGCUGCUCACGGCCACGGGAUCGCUCAUUGGCGCCAGUGGUAGUAUCCUCAGCUACAUCAUGUGCCAGGCCAUGAACCGUAGUCUGGCCAACGUCAUCUUUGGCGGUAUCGCCACAAACAACGCUGUCAAUGACUCGACCAAGGGCCUGACGGUCGCCAAGACUAACAUUGACGAGGUCGUCGACAUGCUCGGCAAUGCCGAAAGCGUCAUCAUUGUCCCGGGAUACGGAAUGGCCGUGGCAAAGGCCCAGUACGCCAUCUCCGACAUGGUCGCCUCACUGCGCGCGCGCGGCAUCAACGUCCGCUUCGGCAUCCACCCCGUCGCGGGCCGUAUGCCUGGCCAGUGCAACGUCCUGCUCGCCGAGGCCGGUGUGCCCUAUGACGUCGUCCUGGAGAUGGACGAGAUCAACGACGACUUCAAGCAGACCGACGUCGUGCUUUGUAUCGGCGCCAACGACACGAUCAACCCCAUCGCCCUCGAGCCUGGCAGCCCUAUUGCGGGCAUGCCGGUGCUGAACGUCUGGAACGCAAAGAACGUCGUCGUCAUGAAGCGCGGUAUGGCUGCUGGAUACGCCGAGGUCCCCAACCCGCUCUUCUUCUACCCCAACACCAAGAUGCUGUUCGGCGACGCCAAAGCGACCUGCGACCAGCUGAGUAAAGGCCUCACGACCACGCCAGACAAGUAA